UCUCCGGCCUCUGGUACCUGAUCGAGAAGGCAACUUCCAGUUCCACCGUCUUCUUCUUCACUCAACUUCACCGAAAAUGGGAAUUUUGGAGUGUUUUUAUCAUCCAUUGCCAACCAAAUUUCUUCAAAAAUCCAUACAAGCUCAUGUUUCUACAUCAAACCUUCGUGUCUACGCAGCGAAAAGAAGUAAUCUAAUUUCUACAAAAAUACCCAAUAUUUCUCCACUGUCAUCCUCUCAGAGCUCAAAAGCCCUGGCCAUGAUUUCGAUUGGAGCUGCUGCCGGACUGACCUUAUUUACUUUCGCUGGGUCCUCCUAUGCCGCGGAUUCUUCAAUUUUCAGUGAGCCUUCGAAUGCCCUGUCACUUCCAACCUGGGCUAUUCAUGUUUCCAGCGUUGUUGAAUGGAUUACUGCAAUGGCAUUAGUAUGGCAGUAUGGGGAAAAAUCUGGCUAUGAAUCUUGGAAAGGUCUCUCUUGGGGAAUGGUUCCUCUGCUCGGUGGAGCAUUUUGCGCUUGUACAUGGCAUUUCUUUUACAAUGCGGAGUCCCUGGAGGUUUUGGUGGCUCUUCAAGCAGCAUUGACAGUAAUAGGGAAUGCAACAAUGUGCAUUGCUGCCUACCGGAUUUACACAUCGUCGCACGAACGCUCCAAGGACUUCUGAAGUGCAUAUUCCUUUUGAUACGGAGACACAACUACAGAAUGUCUAGCCGCCGCCUAAUUCCAAUGGUAUUUCCUUCUUUGGCUAAUGUCGAUGAUUCUCAACGGUCUCACUUUUAUUGAUUUUAUUUUGAAAGGCAAAUGCCAAGCCAUCCCAAAUGCUCGUUAAAUUAUUAUAAACUAUGGAUAGCUUCCUAUCAAGAAAACGGAAUUGAAAAUUUCCAACUAUCAAAAUCACUACCAGCAAAGCAUGAGCUGCAUUGACAGCAAAUGUGCUCCGACAGCAUCACACCUGGUGAGUUAGUCAAUACAAUCGCCGGCCUUAGGCUUUAAGACUGCUAUUGAUUUUGACAAAUGGCUAAUAAUUUUCGAAAAUCCAAAAUAUGCAGUUUCCUUGUAUUCGAUUGUUAAUUCUUUUAUAUGUGUGUUGUGUUAAUAUAUAUUGUGUGAUCAGAUCAAUUAUAUUAUGUGUUGUGUAGAUUA